AUGAGCUUCACCUUCCGCGAUCGUCUCGAAGGCCGAGGGACGCAACCAGAUACGCCUCCGUAUCCCAACUUGCAGCCGCAGUUCAGACAACACACUCGCUCACAAGUAUUUCCUCCUCGCGAUCGCUAUCGCGCACCUCGUCAGAAUACCCUGUACGAUGUUGCGGCGGAAGAGUGCACAUACGGGCUAGAGCAGCCCCUCGACUCCUUCGGUGAGUCUACUGAGCAGGAAGAUAAGCUCCGCACCAUCUUCCCGUAUCCGAUCUUCAACGCUGUGCAGUCCAAGUGUUUUGAUGCUGUCUACAAGACCGACAAUAACUUUGUGCUGUCGUCGCCUACCGGAAGUGGUAAGACAGUGGUCCUGGAGCUUGCCAUAUGUCGAGCUAUCUCCAAAACCUCUACAGACCAGUACAAGAUCGUCUACCAGGCCCCUACCAAGGCACUAUGCUCCGAACGGCAACGAGAUUGGCAAAAUAAAUUUGGUCCACUUGGUCUUGAUUGUGCCGAGAUAACGGGCGAUUCCGAAUCUGCAGACUUGCGAAAUGUCCAGAGCGCCAACAUCAUCAUUACUACUCCAGAAAAGUGGGACAGCAUUACACGGAAGUGGAAAGACCACGAGAAGUUGAUGCGACUCGUGAAGCUGUUUCUUAUCGACGAAGUCCAUCUACUGAAAGAAGAUCGCGGUGCCACCUUGGAGGUAAUCGUCUCGCGUAUGAGGUCUAUCGGCACAGAUGUCCGAUUCGUUGCACUGUCUGCAACAGUGCCAAACUUCCACGAUGUAGCGACUUGGCUGGGCAAGACCGCAGCCGAGCCUUACGAACCCGCCGUGCACGAGAAGUUUAGCGAAGAGUUCCGACCUGUCAGGCUACGGAAACAUGUAUCUGGCUAUCAGUCUAAUGCCAACGACUUUGCGUUCGAGAAGCACCUUAACAGCAAACUACCAGAUGUAGUGAGCAUUCACUCCGAAGGGAAGCCCAUCAUGGUGUUCUGUUUCACACGAGCUUCCACCAUAGCUACUGCCAAAACUCUCGCGAACUGGUGGAUUACGCGUCACGCAAAGGAUCGUGCCUGGGAAACCGCCCACCAAACCUUUGUCUUUUCAGAAUCAGUAAAGGUCGAGAAAGCAUACCUAGAAGGAGAGAUCAGUGUGAUAUGUUGCACUUCGACACUAGCGGUGGGUGUGAACUUGCCAUGUCAUCUCGUUAUCAUCAAGAAUACCGUGGGCUUUGCGCAGGGUGGAGUCCAGGAGUAUUCCGAUCUCGAGAUCAUGCAAAUGCUCGGGCGUGCCGGCCGGCCGCAGUUCGAUGAUAGUGCAGUCGCUGUUAUCAUGACUCGACAGAACAAAGUUCGCAAGUACGAGCUAAUGGUGACUGGACAGGAAAUCCUGGAGAGCACCCUCCAUCAAGGCCUUAUUGACCACUUGAAUGCUGAAAUAGGCCUUGGCACUAUACACAACCUCCCUUCUGCCCGGAAGUGGCUUGCGAGCACCUUUCUUUACGUUCGUAUCAAACAGAACCCAGCGUACUACAAGUUGGAAGGGUCUAGGAGUGGCCAAAGCAUCGACGAACAACUCGAUGACAUCUUAACCCGGGAUAUCACGCUACUACGUCAACACAACCUGACAACAGGCGAAGACUUCUUGCUUUGCACCGACUAUGGCCACGCUAUGGCACAGUACUACGUCCAAUUUGACACCAUGCGGGUGUUCUUGGGGCUUGCCCCCCAAGGCCACAAUCUCUGA